AUGACAUCCAAUCAAUGCCAAUUGCCAACCAAAUCUCAACCCAUUUCCCUGGACACCCCUCUUCCUCCAACCAACCAACCAAAAAAUGGCAAUUUCGUAAUUAUCCAAGAUUUAUCCAAAAUAAACAACACUCUUUCAAGAAUCUGCUACAGGGAGGGCCCACCUUGCAGAUUUGCUGAUAGCUACAGAAGGAAAUUUACAGAGCAGGAGUUUAAUGCGCUAAAACGACAGUGUGAAACAAAACAUGGACAAAAAAGUGCCUGCAUUGUAACGGUAAAGAAAGAACAUGGGAAUGAGAGACAUACUGUACUGAAAAGUGUAGUUGGAACCCUUGAUGUCAGCAUCCGACCCUUCUUACAUGGAGAGACCUUUCCAGGGGAAAAAGUGAAAGCAACUAUCUUCUUCAACACAGAAAGAAAAGAGCCAAAAAAACAAUACGGUUAUAUAGCCAACUUAUGUGUCGCCAAGUCAGCACGUAGACAAGGCAUUGCAAGAAACAUGUUACAUUUUGCCAUUAACACUGCCAUGUCAGAUGGUGUAGAACAAGUGUAUGUGCAUGUACACAGGAAGAACAUAGCUGCACAAGAACUUUAUAAAAAAAUAGGAUUCAAGAUUGUUGAUUUAGCCACCCCUCAAUUAUCAGGAGAUAAAACAUACUUACUUUGUUACAUGGCAUAAAAAAAUGUAUAUAUAUAUAAAUAUAUUCUCCAUUAUUGUAUCAAAAACCAGCUAAUAAAGUAUGCCCACAUAUUCUUUUCAUCUUCUUCUCAUCCAAACAUGUUCUCAAUCUUGUAACAUGUCCCCAUAUAUCAGCUCCAGCGUACAUAUCAAUCAUAAUGACAUCACAACC